CCAGGAAUCCCAAUCCCAAUCCCAAUUUCCUCCCGCUUGGUCAUCAAGAAGUCCUCAUUCGCAGAUUGGGCGUUCAUAUCAAGCAUAUGGACCAAUACUCAAGAACUCAUUUGGCGCUACACUUGCGAGUAAAUUUGCCCUGCAUCAUAUCGCUCUACUACCAGCGGGUAGAAACGCACCUUCUACAUCCAUCUUCCUGCCAGCGAGCGGAACAAAGACUUUGGAGCAAUGAGCGCUCCGCGUGGAUCGGGUGGAGGAUAUUACAAAUACCGGUGCAAGUACUGGCUAGUUUAUAAUUGCGGUAAUUGGGUAUGGGUGAAUAACGAGCCGUGUGCGAAUUGUUUGGUAUGUCAGUAGUAGCUGUAAGCUCCUGCGUGCUAAUAUCAACUAGGCGAUUGGAAGAGAGGAAACAGUCAUUUCACGAUCCCAGUACCAGAUGUCAAGGGAUGUGUUUGUACCACAAUUCAAAGACGGAAACUUACACUAUACAAUGACGGAAAUCAUCACUUUGAGCGACUUUGACAACGGCUGGGUGGUCAAGGAAACGCAGAGCGCGGAAUUUCCAAAAUCAACGUCACCAACGAUAGAAAAGCUCGAGGCGACCGAAGGCGCUACGGUCCAAAUUUUCAAAGAGCCAGUAGCACCGAGACAUAAGGAGGGCUAGCAUCACACACGGAUAACGAAUGCCUCGUCUCUUUCACUUUUGUCGCCUCCCUCCGAGACUAUAUUUACUUGCCACGGCUCCUAUAUCGGUUUAGCAUGAAAAACUAGUCUGUUUGCGGUUUCUUCCCCGCCAAUCGUGGCGGUCUUUCAUCGGUUGUCAGUCAGAAUGAAAAUGCUGGCAACAUAUUGUGAGACUUUCUGCAAGUUUUG